AUGAGCGAGCAAGGAGCCGGCAGCGGUGUCAACAGCACCCUGACAUCCGGCCACUCCCGCGGUCAGCCCACCGACGAGACCACAUCCACAGAGCAGACCACCGAGGUCCACGGGUCACCAGCACCCAAGCGCAGUGUUGCCAACAACUUUGCCGCCAACAUCAUCUCCUCAGAACAAGAUCCACGUUCAUCAGAAGCCGGCGCCACAACAGGUACGCGGAGUCCACCCGUGACUGACGCGCCAUCACCAAACAUGGCCUACGAGGCGAGCCAGGCACAACCCACACAACCAACACAGCACACACAGCACGCACAGACCGCUCUGGCGGCCAAGGUACAACAAGAUGGUAAGACAUCACGCCAACCAACGCCAUUACAGCGCGCCCAGGAGUCGAUGAUCCAAAGCAAGGUACGGCGGGCCCAGCUGAAGCUGGAACACCAACUGCUUCGCCAACAGCAGCAACAGCAACAACUUUUGCACCAGCAACAGCAACAACAACACCAACAGCUGGAGACGCAGGAAAGAGCAGAGAAGCUGGCGCAGCAGCAACAAGAGCAGCAACAGCAGCAGCAGCAGCAGCAACAACCAAGCCCUCAGUCUGACGACCGUCGCCGGCAUCGCCACUCUUCACACCACGACGAGCAAGUGUCAUCGACGCACAGCAAGCGGUCCAGCAGAAUCGAGCUUCCCGUCACCAAGGCCACCCUAAGCGAGCUCGAUGUCAACAAGAUCAUCCACAACCCGAAGCUCCGCCACGACAUCAACUACGACCCCGAACUGCACUUUCGCCCAAACUUGGAUGGUGAGAAGGGCCGCCGCAAGCAGGACAAGGCGCAGCAGUUCUGGGACAGCCUGCGCGACGAGCUGACCCAGUUUGUGACCGACCGCGACGAGUUCCUCAAGGCCCACGGCCCGGAAGACAAUGAGUGGUCCCUGCCGGCGCUGCUCAACGCCGUCAAGGACAUUAUUCAGACUCUCGUUCCCGCACGAGACCGUGAUUUGCUCAACGAGGGCCUCAAUGUCCCGCUGCUGAUGCAGCAGUUUGCCCGUGGCGUUGUCGAUCUGGAGAAGCUGGCUGCCUGGCUGUCAUCGGUCCUCAAGCUGCACUGCGCCCCGAUGCGCGACGACUGGGUCGACGAGAUGUACAACGAGCUGAGCCGUGGCAACCGCAACAACGACGUCGCCGAGCUCGUCAGGGGCAUGUGCAGCCUGCUGAGUGUGCUGGAAGCCAUGAAACUUGACGUGGCCAACCACCAGAUCCGCUGCCUGCGGCCUCUGCUCAUCGAGGACACCGUCCACUUUGAGCAGCGCUUCUUUUACAAGAAGAUCCAGAACCGUCGGAUGUCUGUCUCGGCCGCCCGCAACUGGUACGAGCAGGCCAAGUCCGAUUUUGCCAGCCCUAGUAUCCGCCAUCGGCAAGCCUUUGGCAACAUGGCCGUUUUUUUCAGCGGCCUGGUGCACCUCCUGCUUCCUUCGGUGGACGCCAGCCAGGUGCCCAACACGUUCCUCUUUGACGAAGACCGCAUCGUCAAGCUGCGGUCUGACAUGUUCGACGCCAUCCACUUGGAGAUUUGCAUGAAGGUGUACGAGAUGGCCGAGACAGACGAGAUUGCCGUGUCGCGGGCCGCCAUGGCGGCGCAGGCGGUGCAGGCGGCGCAGACCGCCGAGGCCAGCAUGACCCGUGCGUCUCGCCACCUAGCACCCAACGGCGUGCCCUCGUACCUUGACGCGCACGCCCAGUCGCAGUCUCCCAACAACAACGCUUGGCCCACGUAUCCUUCGUCGACCUCGGGCGAGUUUGAUUUCAACACCCCGCCACAAUCGGCCGCGUCGGGCUCGCCGACCUCAUCUCGGCCGUCUAGCCUGGACUUCAGCGCCUGCGGCUCUACGACCUCCUCACCGCGCGACUCGGGCCUGCCUCUCGGUGACGAUGGCGCUGGCGCCCCGCCCCGGCUGCCGGAGGACUUUGCCGAGGCCCACCAGCGGUCGCAGAACCUGUACUCGUGCCUGGUCGCGCUUCUCCAGAGUGUGCCUGCCACGGCCCGCCCCGCGGAUCGCUGGGAGGACCUGUGGCCUCUAAUGGCUGUGGAGAUCUUCCGGACCCUGUCGAGCGUGGACCGCGUGCAGCACGUUCCGCUGGACCAAAUCGAACAGCGCCUCAAAGCGGCCAUGAACCCGGACGCCAACACCAAGAAAAAGGUCGAGCUUACGUUCCGCGAUCGCCUGCUGUCAGCCCUCGCGCGCCGCGUCAAGGACUACAAGACCAUGCCCAACGUCGGCCUCUUUGUCGUGGCCGCCGGUGGCCGGAUUCACCCGGCACCGGCUCGUGCUCCCGAGGGAACGUCUGCCGCUGCGGCGGCGGCCACGGCUGCUGCUGCCGCCGCCGCCGCACUCAUGGAGCGGAACACCCGGCCGAUCGAUCCGCGUGAAGACGGUUGCGUCGAGGACAUGGCUACGCGCCUCGCCCACCUGGGCAUCCUGCACUGGCGCGUGUGGGGCCGGCUCGUCUACGACCCUCAGCCCGAGAUGCCUGCGGAUGCUCUCAUCCCCGUUCCUAUGUAA